AUUUCCCAACAACGAGUGGUGGUGACGCCCUCUGUUGUCAAUAUCAAGAACUCCAAGCAUAAAUAUCACAAAAAUAAAUUCAUAUUCAACAUUGAAAAACAAUAAUCGUAUGCUUGAUCGAAUCAAAUAGCGACACAGUGAAAAAUUCACAUAUAAGGAAAAAGGAAAAUGAAAAGCAAAAAUAAUUAACCAGAACAAGCGCCUGCUGCUACUGUCUCUCCGAGAUUUGAGGUCACUCCAUUUUGUGCUGAGCUGCGAAACUCUUCCGCCAUGGCUCUUCAAGCCGCUUCUUGCAGCUUCGCCGGCGUUUCUUCCUUCGCCUCUCCGCCUACAACAGCCCCCCGCCGUCAUCGCCACCAUGCCCGCACCACCGUAUUUCGCGCCGAAGCUGUGGAUCCCGCGGAUAAGUCGGUCGAGAUAAUGAGGAAGUUCUCAGAGCAGUACGCCCGUAGGUCGGGGACUUACUUCUGCGUGGAUAAGGGAGUCACUGCCGUUGUGAUUAAGGGAUUGGCGGAGCAUAAAGAUUCAUUGGGUGCGCCCUUGUGCCCUUGUAGGCAUUAUGAUGACAAAGCUGCAGAAGCAGGGCAGGGAUUUUGGAACUGUCCUUGUGUCCCCAUGAGAGAGAGGAAGGAGUGCCAUUGCAUGCUUUUUCUCACCCCAGAUAAUGAUUUUGCCGGCAAGGAUCAGGUGAUCACCUUGGACGAAAUCAAGGAAGCAACAGCCAAUUUCUAAUCUGAUUUGCUCAGGGAUAUCGAUAUGUGAGUAAUGUGAAAAAACUGACCACACUUGUCAUUAUAUUGUAUACGAGUAUUGUACUACUGGUUAUGAGAGGAGCAAUGUAGAUUGUAUGGCCACCUAAUGCUUGUAUUCAAUUUCUUCUGCAUCUCAUUCUUUCACCCCUUUCUUUCGGUUUUGCUCCUGCUGGAAUUGGAUAGGCGCAGUCUGGCAGCCGAGUUCUUGUCCAGUACCAGAAAUGCCAAGUUAUGGUGCCUUUUGCCCUUGGUGGAUGUGAAUAGUUCCUCAGUUUGAUGAGUUCAAACUGAGAAAGGAAAAAUAAGAGAACGACUUCUCUCGCCUCAUUGUACAACAUGAGUUGGAAUACACAAACAUGGACGAAAUUCAAACUUCUGGGCUUGGUUACAUGGAGUUGUCCAUUCUAUACUAUUCAAUACUAGUGCUCCUUGGGUGCAGAUUAGGUGGUUAAACUUGAAAGUUGAGAAAGGUUUAUGUGGGCGGAUUUGUGAUUCAAAUAAAAAGGAAGAUAGUUUUCAGAGACAAAACACAGAAGAAUGAUUUAAGAGAAGUUGCAAUAGAGGAAUAUGAGUAAAGACACUAGGGAGAAUUAAGAUAGAACUUGUCAAAAAACAAGCAAGCCUGAUCUAACAAGAAAUUGUCUGGCCUCUUGGCUAUAUUUUGGUAGCAUCUAUGACCUUUUUCUUAUUGAACUUCUAUUGUUGCACAAUGAAAUUUGUUGUCCAUA